GUGUGACGAGACAGCUCUGUGGGGCUCGCUCGUCUCUCAGACGCGCAAGUUUGGCAGGGAGGUGAUCAAAAGCCCGCUAGAUCCCAAGAAGGCGGCAGUCAAGCGGGACACCCUCGCCAAGUUCCUCUACUCGCGCCUCUUUGACUGGAUCGUGUCAAAGGUCAAUGAGAGCAUAGGGCAGGACCCCAACCACGCGUCCAUCAUUGGAGUGCUUGAUAUUUACGGCUUCGAGCAUUUCAAAGUCAACAGCUUUGAGCAACUGUGCAUCAACCUCACCAACGAAAAGCUGCAGCAGCAUUUCAACUCACACGUGUUGAAGCAGCAGCAGGAGGAGUACGAGGCAGAGGGCAUAGACUGGUCUCGGAUUGACUUUGUGGACAACCAAGACGUGCUUGAGCUGAUCGAAGGGGUGAGUGAGGGGUGGUGGUCAUUCAAGCUAGACAGCUCCACAUCGGAGGCCUUCUGCCAGACGCUCUACCGCACGCUGGGCAAGCACAAGCCAAGCCAGCCCGCCACCCUGCAUCCCUCUUGCUCCUUUCCUCUUUGUCUCAUAUCUCUUUGUGCUCCAACCUCCUUUCCCCCUAUCAGCAAGCUAGACAGCUCCACGCCCGAGACCUUCUGCCAGACGCUCUACAGCACGCUGGGCAAGCACAAGCGCUUCUCCAAACCACCUUGCACUCUAAGCCUUUCUUUUCCACUGCUCUCUUGUGUCCUUCCCCCUCUCCCCCACUCCUCCACCAGCAAGCUAGACAGCUCCACGCCUGAGACCUUCUGCCAGACGCUCUACAGCACGCUGGGCAAGCACAAGCGCUUCUCCAAACCACCUUGCACUCUAAGCCUUCCUUUUCCACUGCUCUCUUGUGUCCUUCCCCCUCUCCCCCACUCCUCCACCAGCAAGCUAGACAGCUCCACGCCUGAGACCUUCUGCCAGACGCUCUACAGCACGCUGGGCAAGCACAAGCGCUUCUCAAAAUCCAAGAUGUCGCGCGCUGACUUCAGUGUCAAGCACUACGCUGGCAAGAUGUCUCGCGCUGACUUCAGUGUCAAGCACUACGCUGGCAAGGUGAAGUACCAGGCAGAGGAGUUUCUGGUGAAGAAUCUCGACGCGCUCGUGCCGGAGCACGAGGAGCUUUUGGCACGGUCGCACUCUGCCUUUGUGCGAACGCUCUUCCCACCGCCUGAGACUGGCAAGGCGGGGAAGGCUGUUUCCCUGGGGAAGAGGUUCAAGCCCCCCACGCCUUCCCCCUCCUCUCGAACCCCACACCCUCCACCCCUGAUCCCCCCCCCCCCCUCCUCCAACCCCCUUCCUUCCCCAACCCAACCCCCCUCCAUCCCUCCCCUUCCACCUCCCCAGGAGCAACUGGGCGAGUUGAUGCGAACGCUGAAUGCAACAGAGCCGCAUUACGUGCGCUGUGUGAAGCCCAACAAGGACCUCAAGCCACAGAAGUUCUCCAACACGCUCGUUGUCGAGCAGUUACGAUCAGGGGGUGUGCUAGAGGCAGUGCGCCUGUGCUCCACAGGCUACCCAGCUCGGCGCACCUUUGAAGACUUUCAGGCACGAUUUAGCCCCCUGCUGCCAAGCCAAGACAGAAAGAGGUGGGUGGACAGGGAGGAAGGGGUGGGGGGGAGGGAGAGAGGGGUGGGCGGCAGGAAGGAAGGGGUGCGAUGGAGGGAGAAAGGGGUGGGCGUCAGGGAAGAAGGGGUGUGGAGGAUGGAUAAAGGGGUGGAUCGCAGGAAGCUAGCUGGGCAGCACCAGGAGAUGAUUCAAGCAGUUAUGGCCCAGGCAGAGCUGGAAGACUAUCAGAUCGGCAAGACAAAGGUAUUUAUGAAGGGGGUGCAGCUGGUGACACUCGAGUCUCUCCGUCUCGACCGCAUGAACCUUGCCGCCACCAAGAUUCAGAGGGCCGUGCGCCGAUUCCUCUGGAAGCAGGAGCGCAAGCGGGCCGCUAUUGUCAUUCAGAAGCACUGGAGAGCCUAUCGAGCCAGGAAGCUAUUAAGAGAGUUGAGGGAGGACGCAGCAGCGUUGGUCAUUCAGAAGCACGUGCGGCGCUUCCUGAUGGAGAAGCGCUUCUGGGAGCUCAAGUUUGCAGCGAUUCGCUACUGGCGGGGCCACAAGGUGCGGAAGCCAUGGGGAGCCAUGAGGCGGUGCUUGCAGGUGAAGGUGGCGCGGAUGAGACUGAAGAAGAUGAAGGAGGCGGCACAGCGGGCGGCACUGCUUGCUCCUCCGCGCACCAAGGUGGAAGCUUCCAUGGACGAGCUGCGCAUCGCCAUGCUGCGUGGCCUCAAGCAACGCGAGGAGAAGAAGCGGCAUGAGGCAGAGGAGUCAGUCAAGCGCCUCACCCACGAAAUGGCAGCCCUCAACCAGGAGAUCUCUCAGCUAAAAGCCGCUCUUAACAAAGAGAAGCACCGGGUGGAGAAAGCCGAAGAGCUCCUGAGACUCGUCCCCCGCAGCGUGCUGCAGCAGACUGUCGCCCACCAGGGCUUCCCCCAUGCCCUUUCCCGAACUGGAAGUGUUUCCUCUUAUAGCAACUACCUCCGAUCCAGGGGCCCCACUGCUCCGUCCAGUCCAAAGGUUGAGGGAGGAGGGUGGGGCGCAGGGGGCGGAGGGGAAGACGGGGGAAUAGGAGGAGCAGGAGCGGGAGCUGAGGCUACCGGGAGUGUUUUGUCUGCAGCAGCAGCGGCUCUUGGCGGUGGGCAUAGCAGCAGCAGGAGCAGCAGCGGGGGAGGACCAACAGAGCAUCCUGAGUUGAGAAUCCCGGCUGCUCGAAGCAAAGGCGGAGGGGGAGUAGUGCCUGCCGCUCGCUCUCUCCGAUCCAGCCCGAGCGCAAGGCUCCCGUCUUCUUUUCCCCCUUCCUCCUCCCUGUCGGGAAGUCAAGCGGUUGGGCGCGGUUCAGUGGUUAAGCCACCGCCUUCUCGAGGGCCUAGCGUGGGCAGUGGCGGCGGUGGUGGUGGUGAUCCCGGCUGUAGCGGCGACAGGACACACAGCCCGCUACAGCCGAGCCCGGAAUCGCAUUUUGCUGCUGAGGAGCAGACCGGGAGUGUAAGUGCUGGUGGUGAUGGUUCGAGUGAUGGUGGUGCUGGUGGUGCUGCAGUUGCCACUGGAGCCGCUGCUGACGUGGCUGGUGCUGACGUGGCUGGUGGUGACGUGGCAGAUGCUGACUUGGCUGGUGCUGGUAAAACCAUGGACGGAGUGCGGCGCUCGUGGAAAGUCCUCGCGACCCUGUCCGAUGAUGACGUGGCAGCUCCUCCUGCUGACGCUCCCGCUGCUGCUGCCUCUCCUCCUUCUCUGCUUCCUCCUGCUGCUGCGUGGCAGCAGGCUUCCCAAGGCAGUCGCAGCACCUCCCAAGUGGUCAGCGGCACCACGCGGAGCAACAGCCUGCAGAAAGCAUUAGCGGGGACAGGAAGCAUGUCUAUGAAGGAAGUGUCUGCUGCCAUGGGGAUCUUCAUGGUGGCUACAACUCGAGAGGAGGGCUUGGGAGGUUCGGGAGCGGACGGAGCGGAGGGAGGAGCAGGAGGAGCAGGGGCAGCAGGAGGAGUGGGAGCAGAGGGGAAAGGCAGCAGUCCUUGGUCUCGCGUGCGUGCUCUGGCGCCCAAGAUUCUGGAAGUGGCGUCUGAAACAGGAUUAGAGGAGCUUAGAGAGGAGGUGGUAGCGAUGAGAGGGGCGUUGGGGGAGACAGAGAGGAGGCUGAGAGAGGCGGAGGAGAGGGCAGAGAGGGCGGAAGGGGAGGUGCGGGAGAGGAGCGAGGAGGUGGAGGAGUUGAGGGGGCAGGUGGGCGUGCUGAUGGAACGACUCAAGAGCAAGGACAACGACGUGCGCCAGCUGUCAGAAACCCUCUCGCAACACCGCGCCCAAGCAGCAUCUGCCGCUGCUGCGCUUCCUGCCAGCACAGCUGGUGCCACAGCACAUACUGGUUCGCAUCCUGCCGCACAUACUUUUGUGCAGUCGGCAGGGGGGCCAGCAGCAACGCCAGCAGGAGGAGCAGGGUUCAAUUCCGCUCUGGCCCGAUUUGCAGCGGCCAAUCUGGCCCCUGUGAAAGCCGCUCCUGGUGGUAAGGCGGCCCCCAGUGGCGGUGUUUCCCCCCGCCCCAUUCCCCCCAUCUCCGUUCAAAACUACCCCCAGCCCCCUGCCUCGCCAACUCACCCCCAGCAACAAUCAGCAACAGCAGCUGCAGGAGGAGCAGCAGGAGCAGCAGGAGCAGCAGGGGCAGCAGGAGCAGCAGGAGCACAAUCAGGGUUGGAAUCGGGAGCAACAGAGUCAGGAGCAACAAGUUUGGGAGCAAGAGAGGGAGAGACAGUAGAGGCUGGGUCAAAGGAUUCAGGAGGAGCAGGGGACUCGGCGUCAGCGCUUGCAGUGUGGAGUGUGGCUCGGGCGGCGAGUAUAGGGGCGAGUGGGGAGAUGAUGGCGAGUGCAUCGAGAUCGCUCGCUGCUAUUCAGUAUGACGACGCUGCUGUCGCUCGCAUUCAGGAGAACCCCCAGGAAUCCGUUCUCGUCUUCCUCACCACACACAUCAUCGGCCUCUCCCCCCAAGGCCUCCCGCUGGCCGCCCCAGCCAUCUACCGCUCCCUCCUCCACUUCGGUGCCUUCCCCCCCGCCUCCUCCCCCUCCGCCCCCGCCCUCCUCUCCUCCACCAUCCGCCGCCUGCAAGCCGCCAUCCUUCCCGAAGAGGAAACCCUUUCUAUUUCCGGAGGAGGGGUGGGGCCGGGUGGGGUGCCGGCGGUGAGAGUCAACGAGCAGUGCUACUGGCUGUCAAACGUGGCGUGUCUCAUGGUGCUGGUUGAGGUGGUGUAUAAACCUGCUGCUGCUGCUGCAGCUGCUGCUUUUGCUGAAAAGCCCAAGCCAGCUGCUGCUGGGUCCAACUGGUUCACCAACAUGUUCCAUGAGCUCGCAGUGCUGCUGGACGAUGCCUUUCUGGAGCUGCGAGCCUCAGUCAACCUCGAACUGCAGACACUUGUGUCCCUUCUAGCGCAGAGCCCCACUGCAAGCGCGCAGCACAUGCGUGAGUUCUGGGCGGCGGCGCUGGUCUCGUUGCGGAGUGCCGUGGGCUGCAUGCAAGCCAACCACGUGCCGUCAGUGCUGGCUCGCCAUGUGCUCUGGCAGGUGCUGCACUUCCUCGACGUGCGGCUGUUCAACGGGUGA